GUCACACAGCCAGCAGCGUACUAUUUGGACGGAGUGGCGUGAUGCCGUGUGCACGGUUACACAUCAGACAAGCAGCUAUGAAGGUCAGGUUCGGGUAACAGGACCGCUCUGUGUAGUCGGGACUGCAAGUCAGAGUUGCAGACAAGAAGAUGCAGCUCCGCAGGCUCUGAGACCGCACACACACACUUUGGUUUGAGCACAAAAGGCACGGGCGAGACGAUGGAGGGACGAGCAGGAGGGAUAUAUCACAUCAGCCCGAGUCUCACUUUUGUGAAAUCACCAGUACUUUGAAACGGCCGUUGAGCAAGAAACCGCAGCAGCAUGUCGGAUCCAAGUCACUGGUCUGCGCUGCCCAGCCAGAACAAGUCUCGUUUUGUUCCGGGAACACUGCUGAAGCGCUCCAAAAGCUGUCGCAGCAGCAACAGGAAGAGCCUCGGUGUCGGGACGCCGUCACCCACGCUGUCUCGGCCGCUGUCGCCACUCUCCGUCCUUACUGCUGCCAGCAGUCCUCUUGACAGCCCCCGGAAUGUGUCGACCAGUGCCUCCCUCAACUUUCCAUUCGCCCGAAGUCACUUGGCUCGUGCCGACAGAGCUGAGGGCCGACGAUGGUCCCUGGCAUCCCUCCCUUCGUCUGGCUACGGAACCAAUCCACCGAGCUCCACCGUCUCUUCCUCCUCCUCCUCGCAGGAGCGCCUCCACCAGCUUCCCUACCAGCCCACGCAAGAUGAGCUACACUUCCUUUUCAAACACUUCCGCAGCUCGGAGAGCGUGACCGACGAGGAUGGGCGGCCCUCAGUGUUCAUACGGCCCAGAUCCCGGAGCCUCAGCCCCGGGCGAGCCAAUACCUCCUUUGAUAAUGAGAUAGUCAUGAUGAACCACGUUUACCGAGAACGGUUUCCAAAGGCCACGGCCCAGAUGGAGGAGCGCUUGUUGGAGAUUGUCACACACUACUCUCCAGACAGCUCCCUCCCGCUGGCUGAUGGCGUCCUGGGCUUCAUCCAGCACCAGUUGGUUGAGCUGGUCCGAGACUGCCUGGACAAGUCCCAGAAAGGCCUGGUCACCUCCCGCUAUUUCGCCGAACUGCAGGAGAAACUGGAGAAGCUGCUUCAUGAGGCAUACGAGCGCUCCGAAAGUGAGGAGGUAACUGUUAUUGUCCAGCUGGUGAAGAAGAUCCUCAUCGUCAUCUCGCGGCCGGCUCGCCUCCUCGAGUGCCUGGAGUUUGACCCGGAAGAGUUUUAUCACCUACUCGAGGCGGCGGAGGGGCACGCCAAAGUCGGUCAGGGAAUCAAAACAGACAUCCCGCGAUACAUCAUCAACCAGCUGGGACUUACGCGGGACCCUUUCGAAGACAUGGUACAGCUUGAACAGUAUGAUGCCAGUGCCUCGGGCGCUGCGGAAUCAGAUGCCAAUGCAGAGAAUAAAUGCCCUCAGUCGCUGACACCAACUCGAAGGAAACCUCUUGAGAGCGAUUUCGAAACUAUCAAACUCAUCAGCAACGGGGCUUAUGGGGCCGUGUACCUGGUCCGCCACAAGGAGACCCGCCAGCGCUUUGCCAUGAAGAAGAUCAAUCGGCAGAACCUGGUUCUGAGGAACCAGAUCCAGCAGGCAUUUGUGGAACGAGACAUCCUCACCUUUGCUGAGAACCCCUUUGUCGUCUCCAUGUUCUGCUCCUUUGAGACACGGCGUCACCUGUGCAUGGUGAUGGAGUAUGUGGAAGGUGGGGACUGUGCCAACCUGCUGAAGAACAUGGGCCCGCUGCCUGUGGAAAUGACAAGGAUGUACUUUGCUGAAACAGUCCUGGCUCUUGAGUACCUUCACAACUAUGGUAUUGUGCACAGAGACCUCAAGCCUGACAAUUUGCUGAUUACGUCCAUGGGCCACAUCAAGCUGACCGACUUUGGCCUGUCUAAAAUUGGCCUGAUGAAUAUGACCACCAACCUGUGUGAAGGUCACAUGGAGAAAGACACCAGAGAGUUUGUGGACAAACAGGUGUGUGGCACUCCAGAGUAUAUAGCGCCGGAGGUGAUCCUGAGGCAGGGCUAUGGGAAGCCGGUUGACUGGUGGGCUAUGGGGAUCAUUCUCUAUGAAUUCCUGGUUGGCUGCGUGCCCUUCUUUGGAGACACGCCGGAAGAGCUUUUUGGACAAGUAGUCAGUGACGACAUCAUUUGGCCUGAUGGAGACGAUGUCUUGCCUGCCGAUGCCCAGGACAUGAUCACCCGCUUGCUGAGGCAGAGCCCACUGGAGCGACUGGGAACUGGCGGCGCCUCAGAAGUCAAACAGCACCCCUUCUUCCUGGGUUUGGACUGGAACGGACUCCUGCGACAGAAAGCUGAAUUCAUCCCUCAGCUGGAGGCAGAGGAUGACACCAGCUACUUUGACACACGUUCGGAGCGCUACCACCACAUGGCCUCCGAUGAGGAUGAGGAAACCAAUGAUGAAGAGUCUUCCUUGGAAAUCCGACAGUUUUCUUCCUGGUCACAUCGCUUCAGCAAAGUCUACAGCAGCACAGAGCAUCUAGCAACACCGUCCAACCUGAGCUUCUCCUCUGACCGCAGCCACAGCGAGGACAAGGAGGAGCGCUGGGAGGGGGGGAGGCUCAGCCCCUCCCCGAUCCCAGCAGAGGGCAGUGUGGAGCGCAGGCACCCCGGCCGCAUGGCCAGCCUUCGUCCACGGGCCUCCUCCAGUUCCUCUCAGUCAGAGAGGAGCAGCAGUCCUCUGGUGAUGAGCAGCACACACAGCCUGGAGACCAUGCCCCGCUUCGCCUUCUCCACCGACGACGAAGCUGAGGUGGUUGUGUCCAACCUGCGAAGGAUUAGGAUUCGCAGCAACAGCACCGGGGGCAAACACUCGUCCCCCAAAGAGCCCAGUGGACCGCGGCGCUUUGGCAACCAGCUGGAGACCCCAGACAGACAGAGGCUUCCCUGCGGGGGGAAGGUUCCCAAGUCGGCCUCUGUCUCCGCCCUGUCCCUCAUCAUCACCACAGACGACACACCCAGCGGCCUCCAGCCCAGCCCCAUCUCACCUCGCUCGCUAUCCUCCAACCCUUCGUCACGUGACUCCUCCCCCAGCCGGGACCUGUCGCUCAGCCUCAGCAGCCUGAGGCCUCCCAUCAUCGUUCACACCUCGGGGAAGAAGUUUGGCUUCACCCUGCAGGCCAUCCGGGUCUACAUGGGCGACAGCGACGUCUACACGGUGCAUCACAUGGUCUCGAGUGUGGAGGAGGGCAGCCCUGCACAGGAGGCGGGGCUUCAGGCCGGAGACCUCAUCACCCACGUGAACGGAGAGUCUGUCCAAGGCCUUGUCCACCCUGAAAUGAUAGAGCUGCUGCUGAAGAGUGGUAACAAGGUGGCGCUUCAGACCACUGCUCUUGAGAACACGUCAAUCAAGGUUGGUCCAGCUCGAAAGACCAAACACAAAGGCAAGAUGGCUCGUCGCAGCAAGAAGAGCAAGAGGAGGGAUAAUUAUGACAGGCGACGCAGCAUCUUGAAGAAACUCUCCAAGCAGAGCACGGUGAUGCACAGCAGUCGGAGCUUCUCCUCGGGCCUCCAUCACUCCGUCUCCUCCAGUGAGAGUCUUCCAGGCUCCCCGACGCACAGCCUCUCCCCCGGACCCUCCACGCCCUGCCGGAGCCCUGCACCCGACCACCAGGCCACCGACAACAACUCCCCUCAGAGCACAUCUCCUUGCUCCAGCUCCCCCAGCUCCCCCGCUGCACACAUCCGGCCCAGCUCGCUCCACGGCCUGGGCUCCAAGCUCAGCACCCAGCGUUACACUAAGGUGGGCCGUCGCAAGUCAACCAGCAGCAUCCCCCCCUCGCCUCUGGCCUGCACGUCCUCAUCCUCGUCCUCAUCUGCCCAGCAGCUGUCCCCGCAGCGCUCGCCCUCUCCACUCCCGGGCAUCGCCAAAACACUUCACGCCUACCACGGCAAGACUCUGUCACCGCCCACCAUCAUUAGGCACGUGGUUCGCCCCCGCAGCGCCGAGCCACCCCGGUCUCCUCUUCUCAAGAGGGUGCAGUCGGCUGAGAAACUGUCUGGCGGGUAUCACAGCGAUAAGAAGGCCUACACCCUCCGCAGGCACACGCUGGAGGUGCCUUUGUACGGCGAGAGCGACCUGCUGGGUGACAUCGAGGCAGAGGGGGCCUGUGCGGGCUCCUAUGUUGGGACUGAGCACAGCAGGCUGGGAGGCUACAUCAGCAGCCAGAGGCUGAGGGACUCUGGGUUGGAGCGAUCAGAGCAGCUGGUCGUGAUGCGGAAGCUCAACCUCUCGGAGCGUCGCGACUCCUUCAAGAAGCAGGAGGCGGUGCAGGAGGUGAGCUUUGACGAGCCAGAGGAGAAAAACAGUCCCACGGAGGCGACCCCCACAGCCAAAGCUCAGCAGCCACAGGAGCAGCAGCAGAAGCCGCAGCAGCGCCGGAUAGCCUGGAUGGCCUCCCAGCAGUCCGGUGAGGACGUGGAGCAAGGUGUGCCAGUGGUGAGGAGGUUCACCCUGGUGCCCCAGAUUGCUGUGCAGGGCUCAACAGAAAGCGAGGAGCAGGACGAAUGGGAGCCUUGUUCGGAUGGAGAGGAGGACACCAGCGAUAAGCCUGAGCCGGGGAUCGAUGACACCUCAUUUCCACAUCAACAGGCAGGGCGUUCUCACACUGAAAACGCCUCCAGCAAGGCAGCAGAAACCACUACCCCUGCUCUUCAGGAUGAACCAGCGUCCAGCAAGAGUGGGCGCAGAGGGGAAAGCCCACUGAAGAAGCAGCUGAGAAAGUGACCCUGACUAAUCUGGACCGAUGACUCAUUUUCAAGUGCUGUCACGGCUCUCGAGGCUACAUCAGUGCAAAGGGAAAACGUGGCCCAAAGUGUUUCAAUCUGAGCCAGAAGAACUGGAGGCUGGAUCAUCAGACUUGUCUGGGUUGGGCUGGUGGGGAGAUUUUACUUGAAACUUUUUUUUUUUUUAUUGUGAAUAUUUAACCCCAGAGUUUUUCUGGUCUUAUUUAUUACAUUUGUAAGCUAUGAUGAAUUGGUCACGGGACAAAGAGGGAAGUUGUGAUUGGUUGACAAGCCAAGGUUAAAACAUGUUUUGUAUUCAUAAAAUGUGGUUUUAUGUCUUUUGACUGGGUUUUUCUAUAAAUGUCUAUUUUUUAAAUCAAAUUGUCUAGGUACAGACUCGUUUGAUAACGGUGGGUGUAAUUGUCGCAGGACCAAAAGUCACAAAAGUCAUUUCUGGACACUCAAGUGUUGGCUGGAUUUUCUUUUUUCCUCAAUGUUAAUUUAGAAUUGAACAGUGCAGCUACUUACCAUGUACUACUGCUAUGAGCUUGAUCUUGAGAAAGCUAAGAAUAACUGCUUGUUCACACUGUGAGCAACUUGGUUGACGGGUCACUCUAUAUUCCAAUCAGUUGUGUGCAGGGCCACAGGCUCCUUUUGCUUCUAUAUACAGCAUUUUGAAUAGGCAAAUUGUGUAUUUUAUGCUGCUUUGGUAUUACCUUUCAUAGCAUAACAUUGUUUUAAUGAGUCAACACGGCGAGCAAACAAGCGCUAAUUUGGUAGUAUUAGUCAACAUUAACAGAAAAACCAAUCAAUAAAAAAGCUAAGGAGCUUAUGAACCCAAGUGAUGGAAGCAAAUUACUGCACUUUUCUAAGCUUUUUUUUUUUUUUUUUUUUUUUUUUUUUUUUUUUUGAGACAUUUACUCCUGUAGUCUUUUUAGUUAAAGGUGUAGAGAACAGGGAAGCCUUUAAUGGCUGUUAUCAAGUUCUCCAUUUUGCACUGGUCAGGCAGAAAUACAGCUCAUGAAAACAGUCAGGUGAGAAACAAGGACACACGGAGAUCUGAUUGGCAGCUGAUGACUAAUGACCUUGAAAAGUUCCUCCAUGGCCAACAAGCUUUGACCACACAUCGGCCAACGUUCCCUGGUCGUUCAGCCGUGCAGGAUGUGAACGGACUUCCUAUGACUUUCUUCUUAUGCUGCUUGCAGUGUGAAACCCUUGGUAAAACGCUUCAUAUGUCACCCACGUGGAGGCAGCGGUUGCAGGGUAAUAUCACACAUCACACGGAUGCACUAGCUGGGUGCGACUCCUGAGCACCAUCUGCAGGCAGUGUCAUGCCACCUCAAAAGGGUAUCCUGUGCCAUGAUAUCGGUGCAGUGUCCCCUAAGCCAUAUCUUUUCAGAUAUUGUCCGUUGAGAGCUUUUGUAUUGUUUGUAAUCUCAACUCUGUUUACACUAUAAAGAUGUUUAUCUUGAUAUCAUCUCAGAUGAAAAUGGUUGUAAUGAAACUGAGUAUUAAGCUCUGGACCUUGCAGAAUUUGAUGCAUUCUUCUACUUUGUGGCUUCUUGAUGUAACUUCUGUUCUUCUGAUCUCCAGAGAUUCAAAUUUGUGACUCUUUGUCAUUGACUAUGUUCUGCUUCUGGUUUUCCCUGUUCAUUUCACAGCAGCUGUAGACAUUGAUAGGGUGUGGCAGUGGGACUUACUGUGCUAUUCAGAGCUUGGAUCUUAAAGGAGAAUCCUUGAGCAGCUAAGUCAAGGUCUUCUUUGUAUACAGAAAGGAAAUGUGUAGGGAUAGCUUUUGUUUAUUCAAAACAUUUGGUUAUUUAUUUCUUGGAAUCUUGCUUCCCAUGUUAUAGCAAAGAUGCAGUGAAAGCAUAGCUUUGAUCCUCUUGCAUAUUUAGAGUUUUUCCUCUAACUGUAGCUUCUGUCUUUGUUCAUUCAUAUGCGUAUGAAACACCAUGCCUAAAGUACCUGUUCUUACUUACUUUACUGUGUAGUGAUGUUUACAUCAGGGGUAAAAGUGCACUAAUGUAUUGUGGCAUGAAUUUUUUUGAUCAUGAAACAAAACAGAAAGGUACAACAGCAGUGGAGGGACACCCCUUACAUUCGAUACAAACCCAGGGCUUAUUUGAACAAAUGUUAGUUUUAUGUCUUUGUAUUGUACAAAUAUUGAUGUAUAUUUUGAUAUCAAUGCUGUAUUAAUUCCAAAUGCAUUAUUAAUAUUAAUAUUAUUAUUAUUUGUUGUUUUUGGAGGACAUACGCACAGACAAAUUUGUGGCACCAUGAUUUUGGGAAGUGUGAUUUUACCUAAUGGGCCUCUGGGGAAACUAACAUUACAAAGACCUUUCCUGGGCUCCAGAGCAGUAUUGCACAUCCAAUAUGGAACUGAUGCACUUCUAAUUUUCCCAGUGCAAAGAAUUUGUUUGGAAUUGAUUGUCCCAUCCAUGGCUGUAGCUGGCUGUUGUGAGCCUUUUUGGUAUUUGACAUAUUUUGAUGUGUCAUUGCAGCCCCCCGUGACCCCCCAAACUCCCCCACAAAGUUUAAGAAUUAGGCAAUGGUGCAAAAAAGAUUGAAGUGAUUGAGUGGCUGUAUUAUCUUUGCAGUCUGUCAGAAUUGUUUACAAUGAACAAACAUGCUAUGUACAAAUCAUUUUUAUAUCGUGUCUCGAUAUGAUGAAACUUCACUUUGAUACCAUGGAGGAAAGCUAUCCUCACAGAAGUGACUUUUAGAUUUGGGUGCAUUUUCCUUCAGAGCAAACUGGCAGAUUGACCUGUUGCACAUGUGCAUGUGUUCUCCUGUUGACUCUUCUGUUCAGUGCAUGCUGCAUGAGACAAGCACACAUCUGUAAUACUUGACUGCAUGGUAUACUGGCGUUGGCGCCCUGUACUGUGUUUUCUUGUGCACCAAGUAAAAUUUGUAUUUCUCUCGGCUCAUCUAAA